UAUUAAUUGAGAUUAAUUGAAUGUAGUGAUGAAAAUUCGAGAAACCACUUUGAAAUACUCGUAGUUUGCUUGGCGAAGAGGUUGUGGUACAUUCCGAACCGACGUUGUUUCCGAAUAUUACAGUGUUCAUUACAUUUAUUUAUAACAAUUUGCUAAAUUCUAGUAUUACCAUUUCGAUUUAAAUUCCCUAUAUCAUUGCUAAGAGGUGCAUAAUUACAAUUUGCAGGAGUGCCGGAUGGUGCAGCAAUUUGUAAGCUAUUCCAAUGAUGCACUGCAACAACAUUUGCUUGCCUGCACUGAUGUGAACCACAGAAGGCUUCGCUCUGGAGCAGGCAAUUUUUUAUCCGAGACUUGAACCCAGGACAUCUUUAAUAGAAGCAGCAGCACUGUAAUGCGUAACCCAUUCGCCACCAGCUCCAAGUCUUCUGUGUCUGUGCACUUCUCACUUCGGUGCCCAUGAAGGCUGCUAUCCUCAGAACUGAGAAGCGAAAAUGGCUCUGCACUCUUUUCAUCGGGACCUCAGCUCUGUACGCCAGUAGAACCUCUGUGCCACUCCUAGUUCCAGCAAUUGCCUUGGAAAGAAACUGGAGCAAGACAGACUCUGGCACUGUAUUGUCAAGUUUCUUUUGGGGUUAUACACUAACCCAAGUGUUGGGUGGCUACCUGAGUGACAGAAUUGGUGGCCAUAAAGUUAUGUUAACUGCUGCUGUAGGGUGGUCUCUGUUCACAUUCUGGAUGCCACACGUUAUAAGGCUGUUUUCUGCACAGGAAACUUCAGUAAAUUUCAUUGUAACAAUGAGAAUACUUCACGGAGCAUUCCAAGGUGUUCAUUUUCCAAGUAUGAGUAGUUUGACAAGCCAACAUUUAGCUGAAAAGGAACGUGCAUCAUUUUUUAGUAUCUUAACCUCUGGUUCAGCUGUCGGGACACUCUUCACUGGCACAUUUGGAUCUUAUUUGCUGGACUAUCAUGGUUGGCCUACUGUCUUUUAUGUUAUUGGUUUCCUAGGAGUAGUUUGGACACUUGUUCUUCGCAACAAUGCUUUAGCAUUAGAGAGGAGAAAAGCUGUAAUUACAUGUGUUCCACCUAAACUUCAUUCUUCUCUGCAUUUGAAAGAUAAGAUACCUGUUCCAUGGAUCAAGCUAUUUGAACGAUUAGAAUUCUGGUCAUGUGUCAUCGGACAUGCAUGUCAGAACAAUUGCUUCUUCCUCCUCUUAUCUUGGCUACCUACGUAUUUUCAUGACACCUUUCCUGAUGCAAAGGGCUGGGUAGUGAACAUGGUGCCAUGGCUAUUUUGUAUUCCCAGUACAUUCCUAGGAAAGUGGUUGUCAGAAAAACUUAUUACACAAGGACAUUCUGUAACAGAUACCAGGAAAAUAAUUGAAGUAAUCUGCUUAGGCUCACAAGCGUUGGGUCUUGUUUUAAUAGCUCAGAUCACAGACUACUACUGGGCUUUGCUGUGUAUGACUGUAGCAAUAGCAGCAACUGGUUUUCACAACAAUGCCAUUAUAGUAAAUCCUCAAGAUCUUGCUCCGAAGCACUGUGGAAGUGUGUUUGGUCUCAUGAAUACUGUUGGUGCUGUUCCUGGUUUCAUGGGUGUUUACCUGGCAGGUUACAUCUUGGAGACAACGAAUAGUUGGGCUUCUGUCUUUCAUAUAACAGCUGCUAUUAACAUGUUUGGUUGUCUGGUGUUCCUUAUGUUUGGUAGUGGGAAUGCAAUUAUCUGAGUAUUCAACACAGUCUUGCACUUUUAUUUAUGAAUGGGUCUUGGUUUUACUGUGUUCUGGUGUCAGAGUGAGAACAUUGUAAGGUAUGUAAAUUCUGCAGAUUAUAUUAAUAAUAAAUAGAUUGUAAUUCUUUUCAUAUCAUAAGAAACUGAACUAUUUUUGCUGUUAGCGUACAUUCUAUAGAAAGACUGUUUUAAACUUUAACCAUAGCCAUGCUUCACAUUUUAUAGUAUUUGUAAUUCACAUUGUCUUCAUGCACAGUGUUUGAAAUAGAAAAUUGACAGAUCAUUUUGUUUCCUUAAAGAAAUAUAGAAAUAUUGGAUACAUGUGUAUUUCAACUUAUAUAUUGCAUCUGCUACUUUUGAAAUACAAAGGGACACAUUAAAAGGAGACUGCCAAUUAUUUGGUAAGUAACAUGAUACUGAUUAUCCACAAAAUAAUUCAGUUUUUUAAUAUUCUGAUAUGCUCUGCUUGUACCUUCAGAGGAAGGUUCUGGAACUAGGAAAUGCAGCUUUACAUGUUUCCAGGCAAUACCACAUGCUCUGGAAUGUGGUCUGUAUAGUGUCCUAGUGACAUUUGAGAACUAAGUGCUGAGGGCAGGGUUUAGACUUAAGAGAAUGGAAGUAAUAGAAAGAUGCAGAAAACAUAAUGAGGACAUUCAUAAUUCUUGCUGUUUGUAUGAGGAUAAGUCAAUAAGUAAGCUACAAUUGGAUAUAGAACUUAAACAAAUAAGAGUACUGAUUUGAAAAAUACUUUUAUU